UCACACACAGAAAUAUCACAGCUUUAGCGGCUUUCCUCUAUUAUUGAACAGAAAGACAGAGAAAAACUGCAGGUGGUUGGCGUUUAAUAUUUAAGAGCUUUCUCUGGAUUCCAGUACCUGCCUUGCAUACUGAAGGAAAGCUGAGGAUCUCUCAGCAGACCUGGCCUGCAGACCCUGUGGCCUCCACACCGCCCUCCAUCUCACAACACCUCCCUCCCCUCCUCUUCCAUCCACCGCUCUCAACCCAACCCCGUCUUCUCCUUAAAGCCAGGAUGCAGCCUGUGGCAAAAACAACAGGAGAUCCAACUCAGGCGUCUGACAGCCACUGACUUAUGAGGAGUGUCACCCUGCUCUGCACAUCCCUUCUGACCGCUUGUUGACCCUUUCAUCAGUGCUCGACACUUGUGAAGAAGCUCACUUGUUGACACACCUCAUCAGCCAGGCAGAAGUGGCAAAAAUCUGAGAAAAAAGGAAGUGAAUGGGGGCUAAUGGUUGCCUGAAGCUGCUCACUCAAAAGUAGUAACAUGCUGCCUCAGUUCCCAAAUGAGCUUCUGCAUCGUGCAAAGCUGCAGUUAGUUUAGAAAAUUCCCAGCGACACUGUCAUAUCUGUUACUGAAAAGCAGCUGUAAAGAAAAAAAGAGAGGUUCCACAUCAACUACAAAGAAUCAGCAAUGUUUUGGCCCGUAUUCAUCACUCUGCAAGCUGUGUGCACCAGCGUGGCACAUGCCAUGCAGCAUUACCCAGCGGCAUGGGGACACUAUGACGUGUGCAAGUCCCAGAUCUACACAGAGGAGGGCCUGGCAUGGGACUACAUGGCCUGUCAGCCAGAAGCCACAGACAUGACAAAGUACCUGCGAGUGGCCCUCGACCCCCCAAAUAUCACGUGUGGAGAUCCGCCAGAAACGUACUGCGCUUUGGAGAAUCCUUACAUGUGCAACAAUGAAUGUGACGCCACGACUGAGGAGCUGGCUCAUCCUCCAGAGCUGAUGUUUGACUUUGAGGGUAGAAAUCCCACAACGUUUUGGCAGUCCACCUCCUGGAAGAAGUACCCAAAGCCCCUCCAGGUUAACAUCACUCUGUCGUGGAACAAAACCAUCGAGCUGACAGACGACAUUGUGCUGACCUUUGAAUCAGGCCGACCGGAGCAGAUGGUCCUGGAAAAGUCACUCGACUACGGACGGACCUGGACCCCCUACCAGUUCUACGCCACUGACUGCCUGGACGCUUUCACCAUGGAGCCCAAGACGGUGAAUGACCUCACCCAGCGCACCCUGCUGGAUAUCAUCUGCACUGAGGACUACUCCAGAGGUUACGUGUGGAAGAAUGACAAGACGGUGCGUUUUGAGAUAAAGGACCGCUUUGCCCUGUUUGCCGGGCCUCGGCUACACAACAUGGCCUCCCUGUACGGCCAGCUGGAUACCACCAAGAACCUGAGAGACUUCUUCACCAUCACUGAUCUGAGGAUUAGGCUGCUGAAGCCAGCCACUGGAGCCACUAUGGUGGAUGAGAAUAACCUGUCCAGAUACUUCUACGCCAUUUCUGACAUCAAGGUGCAGGGCAGGUGCAAGUGCAACCUGCAUGCCAACAGCUGUGUGUUUGACAAGGGGAAGCUGGGCUGUGAGUGUGAACACAACACCACAGGGCCAGACUGCAGCCGCUGCAAGAGGCACUACCACGGGAGAGCCUGGAGUGUGGGUUCCUCUCCUAUACCAAAAGGAACAGCAAAUAUAUGUAUCCCCAGUAAUCACGGACCAGUGCAUCGAGCAAAUGCUUCAUCUCUUGGUGUUGCAAAUCGUAACCAAGCUCGUGUGUGUGACAACGCCAUGCUGCGCUGUCAGAACGGCGGCACGUGCCACCACCAUCAGCGCUGCCACUGUCCCCCUGGCUUCACAGGCAUCCUGUGCGAGAGAGCUCGCUGCCAAGGCCCCGGGGAGUGUGAUGACCAAUUGUCUGGACGGGCUGCUUUCCAUCACCCUUCCAUUGCUUAUACCCUCAUAGUGCUCCCGCUAUUGAUUGUACCCCUUUGCUGAGGGACCAGAACAGCCUCCCAUCCUCAACCAAAACCCUGAGACCACAUGUUGGGACUGAACUCUCAACCUGAAGGACCUGAAGGACAAAGGACGCGUGGACAAUGUGCUCAGCAUUCAAUAUAAGAAACUCUUUUGUAUAUCCAAGGCCGCCGGCGUGGGUGAAAGUGUUACUUGUGCAGCAGGAAGUGCACUGAUCUGUUAUACUGAGUUCUAGAUGGAUUUAUGAAAGUAUUCCUGAAGUCUAUGCUGAAGUCUUUGGAGACCUGGCUUUGCGGUAAUGUCAUUGGCUGAUGCUUCAUUAAAAACGCAGACCGGAGACUCUGAUAGAGCUACCCACCUUCUGAGAGCAGACUGUACAAAACUAGACACAUGGUUUCUAAGUAUCAUCUGAAGUAAUUAAAAAAUAAUAAUGUGGACUGGGACAUCUUAGAACAUCUCGCCUCACUGCCUCUUCCUUACUU